ACAAUUAAAAUAAAAAAAUACCUACAAAAUUGCCAGAUUUGGAUUGUUUAGUUUUGACCAUCGAAUACCACGCCGAUUCGUUCAAAACUUCCGUCAUUUUUUGUUCCUUCGUCGUCAGUUCUUACACUCUUUUUCCACUGUGAAACCUAUCCUUCGAUACACAGGUCUUGAUGGAUUGCUGAUUGGUGGAAUGUAAAAUGCUUUGAACAGUUGUCUCUCUGAGAGUUGAGUUGUGUUAGGUUGAGGAAUAUGAACAUGGAUAUGGCUUGUAGUUUGCCGCAGUCAAGAAUGUUACACGGAGGUGUGGGGACGAAUUAUAGACACAGAUCAGCUGGUCAGUUAGUUCAUUUUGAUUUUAGAAGGAGAGGUUUUGGUUGUGCAUUUCUUGGCAACUCAAGAAUUGUUUCAAGAUUGAGUAUCAGUGGGAUGAGCAAAGUUGGUGGUGUAUCUACUUGUUGGAAUAAUUCAAGAGUCAUUUCUGGUGGGGAGUUUAAAGUUUUGAAUAUGAAGAGCAGUUUGUCUUGUAAGAAUAAUAAUAAUCUUUUCAUGGGAUCUAGAGUAAUUUGGUCAAAGUGCCAGGGUAAUGAUUCUUUAGCUUAUGUUAAUGGAAAUGGCCGGAAUGUUGAUUAUGCAGCAGAAGGUUCGGGUGAGGAUGCAGGAUCAGGCCCCAUCCCUAAUGCUGAACUGGAUGCACCUUCAGAAGAAGGGCAAGCAGGGAAGAAAGGAAGCAGUGAAGUAGCACUAGAGGAACAAAGUGUAGAUGAACUGAAAGAACUAUUGCAAAAGGCCUUGAAAGAGCUAGAAGUUGCUCAAAUAAAUAGUACCAUGUUUGAGGAAAAGGUUAAAAAAAUAUCAGAGACAGCCAUUUUUUUGCAUGAUGAAGCAGUAAAUUCUUGGAACAGUGUUAAUUCUACCCUUGACAGUCUCCAAGAAAUAGCGAAUGAAGAACUUUUGGCCAAAGAAGCUGUCCAAAGUGCAACAAUGGCUUUUUCAUUAGCUGAGGCAAGGCUUCAAGUAGCUAUAGAAUCUUUGGAGGCUGCAAAAGAAAUUCCUGAUUCAGUGCAAGAUUCUAAUGAGAGCAAUGGUGAUAAGGACACAACAGAAGAGGAGAAAGCUAUUCUGUUUGCUCAAGAAGACAUGAAGGCAUGCCAGGCUAAUUUAGCCAAUUGUGAGGCAGAGCUGAAGCGCUUGCAAAAUAAAAAGGAGGAGUUGCAGAAGGAACUUAGCAAUCUGCAAGAAAUUGCGGAAAAGGCUCAGCUGAAUGCAGUGAAAGCUGAAGAGGAUGUUACAAACAUAAUGCUUUUAGCAGAGCAAGCUGUUGCCUUUGAACUUGAGGCUACACAACGUGUAAAUGAUACAGAGAUUGCCUUACAGCGAGCAGAUAAGUCUAUUUCUAAUUCAAAUGCUGAUACCAUAGAAACUAUACAAGCACAGGAUGUUGUGGUUGUUCCUGAGGAGGAGAAAGAUGUUCAAGGUUCUUCCGGAGAUGUCACUGUUGAAAGGCACAGGGAUUUGGCAAUUGAUGAUGAAUCUUUGCUUGCCAAGUUAUCACCUGAAACACUAUCUGAUAAGACCAGCCAAAUUUCAGAAGACAAAACACAGUCUGGUUAUUUAAGUGACAACGAGAGUGCUGUUCAAACAAAAAAGCAGGAAACUCAGAAAGAUUUGACCAGAGAUAGUUCUCCCAAGUCAUUAUUGAAAAAGUCUUCUCGAUUCUUUUCUGCAUCAUUCUUCUCUUUUACUGAAGAUGGUGCUGAGUUCACACCAGCAGCAGUUUUCCAGGGCCUUGUGUUAUCUGUACAGAAGCAGUUGCCCAAGCUAAUAUUUGGGCUACUGUUAAUGGGAGCAGGGGUUGCCUUGUAUGCCAAUAGAGCAUAUAAGAAUUCUCAACUGCUUCCGCAGGCAGAUGUAAUUGUGACGAGUGUCGAAGAAGUUUCCUCUAGUGCAAAACCUCUGGUUAGGAAACUUCAUAAGCUCCCCAAGAAAAUCAAGAAAAUCAUUGCAUCAUUACCUCAUCAAGAGGUGAAUGAGGAAGAAGCAUCCCUCUUUGACAUGCUCUGGUUAUUACUUGCAAGUGUUAUAUUUGUGCCAAUAUUUCAAAAAAUCCCUGGAGGCAGUCCUGUUCUUGGCUACUUGGCCGCUGGUAUCUUGAUUGGGCCUUAUGGUCUCUCUAUCAUUCGUCAUGUUCAUGGGACAAAAGCAGUAGCUGAAUUUGGAGUUGUUUUCCUUUUAUUCAAUAUUGGCCUGGAGCUCUCUGUGGAAAGGCUUAGUUCAAUGAAGAAAUAUGUCUUUGGAUUAGGCUCUGCACAGGUUUUGGCAACUGCUAUAGCUGUUGGCUUGGUGGCUCAUUAUUUUUGUGGCCUAUCUGGCCCUGCUGCUAUUGUCAUUGGGAAUGGCCUGGCAUUGUCAUCAACUGCCGUUGUUCUACAGGUGUUGCAGGAGAGAGGUGAGAGCACAUCACGGCAUGGACGAGCUACAUUUUCUGUUUUACUUUUUCAGGAUCUGGCUGUUGUGGUUUUGCUAAUACUCAUACCUCUUAUUUCUCCUAAUUCUUCCAAAGGAGGGGUUGGUUUUCAAGCUAUUGCUGAAGCUCUUGGACUGGCUGGGGUUAAGGCAGCAGUGGCCAUCACUGCCAUAAUUGCAGGUGGACGGUUGUUGCUUCGACCAAUAUACAAGCAGGUUGCAGAAAAUCAAAAUGCUGAAAUUUUCUCAGCCAAUACACUCCUUGUUAUUCUUGGCACAAGUCUUCUUACAGCCAGGGCAGGACUUUCCAUGGCAUUGGGAGCAUUUUUGGCUGGUUUACUACUGGCAGAAACUGAAUUUUCCUUACAAGUUGAAUCUGAUAUUGCUCCAUAUCGUGGCCUUCUGUUGGGGCUCUUCUUUAUGACGGUUGGAAUGUCUAUUGAUCCAAAACUUCUUGUUUCAAACUUCCCAGUCAUCACAGGGACUCUAGGGCUCUUAAUAUGUGGCAAGACUAUCUUGGUUUCUUUGAUGGGUAGAAUUUUUGGAAUUUCUCUCAUUUCUGCCAUAAGAGUUGGUCUUCUUCUUGCUCCUGGUGGAGAAUUUGCAUUUGUGGCUUUUGGUGAAGCUGUUAAUCAGGGCAUAAUGUCUUCCCAGAUGUCAUCUUUGCUGUUUCUUGUUGUGGGAAUUUCAAUGGCCAUCACACCGUGGCUAGCUGUAGGAGGCCAGCUGAUUGCUUCCCGUUUUGAGCAGCAUGAUGUUAGAAGUUUAUUACCCAUAGAAAGUGAGACCGAUGAUCUGCAAGAUCAUAUCAUUAUUUGUGGAUUUGGACGAGUCGGCCAGAUCAUUGCCCAACUUCUUUCUGAGCGACUUAUUCCAUUUGUUGCACUGGAUGUAAGAAGUGAUAGAGUGGCUGUUGGGCGAGCCCUAGAUCUCCCUGUGUACUUUGGAGAUGCUGGUAGUCGAGAGGUACUACAUAAGGUUGGGGCUGAAAGGGCAUGUGCUGCAGCAAUAACUCUGGAUACGCCCGGUGCAAAUUAUAGAACAGUUUGGGCUCUGAGCAAGUACUUCCCAAAUGUGAAGACUUUUGUCCGUGCCCAUGAUGUUGAUCAUGGAUUGAAUUUAGAAAAGGCUGGAGCUACUGCUGUUGUCCCAGAGACCUUGGAACCAAGUCUUCAACUAGCAGCUGCUGUGCUAGCUCAGGCUAAACUCCCCACAUCAGAGAUUGCAGCAACUAUAAAUGAAUUCAGAUCCCGACAUCUGGCUGAGCUCACGGAGCUGUGUGAAGCAAGUGGAAGUUCUCUUGGUUAUGGUCAUAAUAGAAUUAUGAGCAAACCCAAAUCUCAAUCCCCGGAUACUUCAGAUGAGACCCAAGUUUCUGAAGGGACACUCGCAAUGUGAACAUUACCGCGCAUCCCCAAAGUAGAUGGCAGAAGAAAACGAGAGAAGAAAACAAGAGUUAGGAAAAAAAAAAUAGUGAAAAGAUGUAUAGCAGAUUGUGAGUCCAUUGUUAUGUACAGAAAUAUAGCCAGAUAGAACAAAAUGCAAUAGUUUUAUUUUCUCUUUUCCCAGAAAAUUUUGGUUACCAACCUCUUUCAUAUUUCUGGUAAGAGGAUGAUAUCCCUGUAGUUGUCUGUGCCAUUGGCAUUGUUUCAUUUGCCUUGGCUUAAGAAAAACAUGUCUUGUUUCCAUUGCAUAUCACGAAUAUGCCAAUGCCUUGGACAAUUAGGGCGACAGCGAUCCACGAAUUCAAACUAGAUAUUUCUCUGUUUUGUUUUUGGCCAAAUGCAUCGUUUAGAAGGGAAGUUAUUAUUACUAAGGGUACCGAUUAGGAAAUAAAUGGGAAAGAACGAGAUGGAAUUAUAUUUCUUUUAAU